AUGCAAGCAGCAACAACACCAACAAGACAACCAAAGAAACCUAAAUUUAUUAUUGAAAGUUCAUCCGAUGAAUCGUUAUCAGAAGAUGACGUCAAAACCCCAUCACCAUUGAAAUACAUAGAAUCAAACACUUCACUUUCUGAAUUAACAUCGAAAGCAUGUGAAUUACUCGAUGUCAUCACAACGAGUAAACAACUGGUCAAGUAUGUAAAACUGUGUGGCUUAAACAAAUCAAUCCAAGAUGCCGGUGGUGUUGUUUUGAAGCAAGCGACAGUAGUUCGUUGGUUAUCAUUAUCGAACUUGCUAGAAUCGGUUGAUCUAUCUUACGAGCACGUAAGAUCAAUAUUAUCUAAGCCAUCAAAUACUAAACAAUCAUUCAAACUAAAUAAAAUCAACAUCGAUGGAUUGAAAGACUUGGUUCGGCUUUUAACUGUAUUUAAAGAUGUAUCUAUAUUAGUACAAACUGGAGCACGUCCAUCGUUACAUAUGGCCUACAUUGCUUUGAAUAAAUUGGAGCAUCACUUAAAUGGCAAUGAUGUUGAUGUAAAUGGUGAUUUUAUUCCUAUAGAUGACCGUCACGAAGGGACGGUCUUUUUUCGCAAACGUUUACUUCAAUUAUUACGCACAAUGUUUACAUUCGAUGAGAAGCAUCUGGCCGCCGCCGUUCUACACCCAUUGUAUCGAAAAUUAACUUUUUCUACAACUUAUUUGAAAGGCAUCGCACAUUCAUACAUACGUGAACAAAUUGAUGAAAUUCUUGGUUUAGAUACUGCACAAAAUGCACCAUUAGCUGAACCAACAAAAAAAAAGCACAAAUCAAUGGAAGAUCAAUUUGCGGAUCCAGAUGAUCACAGUAAUAAUGGUAUUGAUACACUUUCAACAACAACGACAACAACAGCAGUAUUUAGAAAUGAUGAAUUAGAUAAAUAUUUAAAAAUGAACAUAGAAGAGAUUCACAAAAUACCAAACCCAUUACCUUUCUGGAAGCAUUAUCAACAGAAGUUUCCAUGUUUAUCAUUACUUGCUCGUCGUCUAUUUUCGAUACCUGUAACCUCAGCAGCUGUAGAAAGAUCUUUUUCGGCUGCUGGACUAGCUGUAACAGAACGUCGUUCUUCUUUGGAUCCUCAAACUUUAAAUGAUAUUCUCUUUGUGAGAUCCAUUCAAAACAUUCUUGAACAAAAACCUAACUUUUUUUCUUAA